CCCAAAAAAACUACACUUUUAAUAAUAUUAUAUCAUUACUGUUGCCAUGUCUUCACCAGCUGCGGCGCGUAGGCUGCGCACACGCUCGGAUAAGAGCAAGAUAGAAUGCAAAUUCGAUAAGUUGCGUCGUCUUCGCGCGACCGGCGAGUCAGCAAUUUCACUAAUGAAGGACGAAGACGACGACGACGACAUGUACAUGCGGGUGGACGAGGCUGAGUACCAGCGCCAGCUGAAGAGCGACACCACGGGGAUGCACGAUUUUAUCAUUGACGAUGACGGCGCCGGGUACGCGGACUCUGGCACCGAUGACAUUGGCGGCGAAACCACAACCUCCAUUCGCAAACAGACAAAACUUGCCGCCAAGAAAUCCGCUGCACCAAAGGCUACGCCAAGGGAGAAGCGCACCAUUAACACCAUGUUUAAAUCCGCCCACCUCAAGGCACCCAAGAAGACUGUGACGACGCAGGAUGACGACGCAUUCAUGUCGUCGCUUAUAGACGAGCUGGAGCCGCCACCGGUGACACCGACGAAGAGCGCCAAAAGGAGACUGGCCGAGCCCGUUGUUGCCAAGAAAAAGGGAAAGCCCGUGCCGCGUAUGGCAGCGGUGGCGAUCGGGCUCGUGGAUGUGUCAAAUCCUGUGCUGGAUCCCCUGGCGUCGUCGCCACCGCAGAAGCGGCAGCGGCCGGAAGAAGAUCCAUUCAUAAUGUCUACGGAGGAGGUGGCGGCGCAGGAGCCGGUGCUGGGUGUGUGCGCCACAGACGACGAGCUCGCCGCAUUGGAGCACAUCAACGUCGACGACCUCCUCGACAUGGACGGGCUCGAUGCUUUGGAUGCUACGCCUACGCCGCUCUACCAGGCACAGGAAUCCGAGCCCCAGGGCACAGACUGGCAGGACGUGCACAUGGAGGUUUCCGAGCAGCCGGCUUUAGCCAACACCUCGAUGCCGUCGCCGCCGCCACCCCCGGCCACCGGCGACGCCCAGUCUCUGCGCGUGUUCUGGAUAGACGCGUCCGAAACAAACAACUCGGUGUUCCUGUUUGGCAAGAUCCUGCACGACGGCCACUUCCAGAGCUGCUGCCUGCGCAUCACCAACUUGGAGCGCAAUGUCUUUCUGCUCCCACGCAUCAACCCGCAGACCAACGAGCGCCUUGCAGCCAGCGACGUGCACGCGGAGUUUGAGGCCAUGGCUAUCCGCCACGGAAUUCGCUCUUUUGGCUGCAAGCCCGUCAACCGCCGCUACGCUUUUGAAAUCCCUGGCGUGCCUGCCUCCACAGAGUACCUCAAGGUGGUCUACGCCUUUGAGCAGCCUGCGUUGCCCGCAGAUAUCAGCGGCAAGACCUUUGAGCGCGCCUUUGGUACGUCGUACUCAGCCCUGGAGCUGUUCAUGUUGAAGCGCCGUUUAAUGGGUCCCAGCUGGCUCAAUGUGAAGGAGGCUGUGCCCGUGGAGGAGCAUAAUCGGUUGUCGUGGUGCCGCUGGGAGUUUGAUGUUUCCGACCCCAAAAGCGUUGCAACCAUGGAUGACGAGAGCAUGAUCAGGGAGCAGCUACCCAGGACGCCGCCGCUGACCACCAUGACGCUGAGCCUGAAGACUGUGAUGAACCACCGUGCGAAUGCCAACGAAGUCGUGGCUAUCAGCGUGCUGAUCCACCGAGAUAUAUCCUUGGACGAUCCAACACCGGCUGCCAAGCGCGUCUCUGAGCAGCAGACCAUUGUGCGCCAGCUGGCCAACACCCCGCUGCCCGCUGAUUUCGAGCGCAUGCGCCUAGCGCAGGCCAAAAAGGGCCUGACCAUUGAGGUAGUCAGGACUGAGGGCGCCCUGCUCAACCUCUUUACCGCCCUGCUCCGCCGCGUCGACCCGGACAUAUUGGCAGCGCACAACUUUUACGGGUUCGAUCUCGACGUCCUCCUGCACAGGAUGCAAAGCCAGCGCACCGAGGGUUGGUCCAAGCUGGGGCGCCUGCGUCGCCGCGUCAUGCCCAAGCUCCAGUCAGGCGCCGGUGGCAUGGGCGAAAGCACCUACGGCGAACGCCAAGUUGUCGCCGGCCGCAUUGUCUGCGACACAUAUAUGGCUAGCAAGGAUCUGAUCAAGGCCAAGUCAUACGGUCUGUCCAACCUCACCAUGCAGGAACUGGGCAUUAGGCGUGAAGAGAUUCCCUUUGAGCGCAUCCCUGAGUACUUUACCGACGCCAAAACAAUGCUGCACUUUUUGCGCCAUGCUGCGUUCGAUGCCUUUUUGGCUGCCGCACUGAUGAUUCGCUUGCAAGCGCUGCCGCUGACCAGGCAGCUGACGAACUUGGCCGGCAAUCUGUGGUCGCGCACGCUGAUGGGCGCUCGCGCCGAACGCAACGAGUACCUUUUGCUGCACGAGUUUUAUCAGAAAAAGUUUAUCCGCCCCGACCGCUUCUUCGGCGGUGGCAAUGGCGGUGGCAAUGGCGGAAGCGCAAGUGGGCGCGCAGCGUCAGACGUGAAGGGCAGCGCGAUAGCGUUAAAGUCUGACUCGCUGAGGGCCGAGAUGGCUGAGGCCAUUGACCAGCUGGGCGACGAUGACUUGGACGACUCGGAAAUAGCCGCCGCAGAGACAGCGACAACGGCAGUGCCAGGAAAGAGCGGGCGCCGCAAGCCAGCAUACCUCGGCGGACUGGUCCUGGAACCCAAACGAGGCUUCUACGACCGCUUCGUGCUUCUUCUGGACUUCAACUCGCUGUACCCAUCGAUCAUCCAAGAAUUCAACAUCUGCUUCACCACCGUGCGCCGCCCCGUGGGCGACGAAACCCCCGAUACACCCUCUCCCGAGCUCCCACCAGGGAUCCUCCCACGCCUGCUUAAAACCCUGGUGGACCGCCGACGCCAAGUCAAAAAUCUGCUCAAGCAGCCUAAUAUUUCAGCUGAAGAGGCUGAGCAGCUGGACGUCAGACAACGCGCGCUCAAACUCACAGCAAACUCAAUGUACGGGUGCCUCGGCUUCACUCAUUCGCGGUUUUACGCCAAGCCCUUAGCCAUGCUAAUCACUCUGCGUGGGCGCGAGAUCCUCCAGGCCACGCGCGACCUGGCACUGAGCGACGGCCUUGAAGUUAUCUACGGCGAUACCGACUCCAUCAUGAUUGCCACGCGCACGGCGUCUCUCGCCGAUGUCUAUGAGAUGGGUGCACAGUUUAAGCGCCGCGUCAACGAACGCUACCGUCUUUUGGAACUUGACAUUGACGGUGUGUUUAAGCGUCUGCUUUUGCUGAAGAAGAAAAAGUACGCCGCACUGCAGAUUAUUGCGCCGGAAAAGCACCGCGACGGGCAGGAAUACAAUACCAAGUUGGAGUCCAAGGGACUGGACUUGGUGCGUCGCGACUGGUGCGAUCUCUCGCACGACGUCUCCGACUUUGCGCUCAAGCGACUGUUUGCCGACAAUCCGGUGGGCUCCGAGGCGACGGAGCAUGAUGAGGACGCGGUUAUUGCCACCAUACACGAGCAUCUGACCAUGGUGGGCCAGGCUGUGCGCGCCAACCGGGUGCCCCUGGACAAGUACACGGUGCACAAAGGGCUGACCAAGGCGCCUGAGAAUUAUCCCGAUAAGAAAAGUCUGCCGCACGUGCUUGUGGCCCUCAGGUUGCGCCAAAAGGGCAUCGCCGUGCGCGCUGGCGACACCAUCCCCUACAUCAUUUGCGACGCACAGUGCCCCGGCAUGAUGUCUACCGCCAGUGCCGCCAACCUCACCGAUCCUAAUGCUGCGCUGACAGGAUCCUACGCCGAGAGAGCACGGCAUCCGGACGAGAUCAAGGAGUCCGCUGGACAGCUGUACCCUGAUUUCCAAUGGUACCUCAAUCAACAAGUGCUGCCGCCCUGCGGCCGUCUGCUCGAGCCACUUUCGGGCACUGACAUGCCCACACUCGCGCAACAUCUCGGCCUCGACCCCACCAAAUACCGGUCCGCCAUCACCAGCACGACCUCCAACGACACUGACACGUUGCGCACAUUGGAUUCGCAAAUCCCCGAUACUGAGCGCUUCAAGUUUGCUCACUUGUUUACGCCCACGUGCCCGGGAUGCAAGACGCAAUAUGUGUUUGAGGGCGUGGCGCGUGCAAAAAAUGGCUCGCUCGAGUCGGGGCUUGCUUGCUCGCACUGCGGCCAUAUGCCCUCGCCACCAUUCUUGGUGUCGCAGCUUACUUUGCAGAUUCGCAGACAUAUCAGGGACUACUACUCGUUUGUCAUGGUAUGCGACGAGCCGUCGUGCUCGGCCAAAUCCAGGGUGCUCACUGUUGCUGGGUCGAGGUGCUUGGGAUCCCAGUGCUCUGGUAAGAUGCACGAGAUUUACUCGGACAAGAUGCUUUACCAUCAGCUGCAGUAUUUCUCGGCCCUGCUGAAUGUAGAUAGGUCAGCUGUGCGCUUGGAGACCACGUCUGCCGAUGUGCGCGCUCUGUGCGAGCGCCAUUACGAGUGCAUCAAGCGGCUCAACGCGGUGGUUGAGACCCAUCUCAUGGUCUCAGCCCGCAAGUUUGUCAACCUCUCGGCACUCUUCUCCUUCUGCCGUAUCUAGCAUAGUUGUCUUUAUAUUUGCCAAUUUCAAUAUAAUACAUGUUUGUC